UUAAAAAAAAACAAUUUUCGUUAAUAUCAAUAUUUUUCUUUAUAUUUGAAAGUUUCACGUUAUAAUAUAGUACUUUGUUUGAAUUAUCAACGAAAAACCAGUUUCAGACGCUUCACGCUUGACUGGAUCUGGUAUAAACAGAUCGAACGCAUUAAAUCAGUCCAGUCUGCAGAGUAUGACACGACGCACGUGUAUGCGCAAACUUUUAGUUUUGAACAAUAUCUUAUAUAUUCUGCAGACUGGAAUUUAUUUACGUUGCUUCAAUGUGUCAAAUGGCUUACAUUAAAUAUUAAGCAAAUAUUCUCAAACCGAUACAUAGAAUAUAACAGGAAAUUUAAAUUUCAUAAUGUGCAGCAAUUUAAAGGAAGUCAGAGAAGCGUUGCUUGAGCUUGAGCAAGUUCGUGUCACAUUCACCUGUGAAAAUUGUAGUGCUUCAUUUUAUGAUCCAUACGAUUUAACCAUUCACAAAGAGAGUC